CGUCAUGCUCAACCAUCAGACAGCGGAAGGACUCUAAACAGCUGACCAGGGUCACAGAAGAUCUGAAGAAAUCCACUUGCUCAGACAAUCAAACCAACCAUCACUGGAGAAGAAGAAGACAUUUGAGAUAUUGUGGUGCUUCUCCACAGCCCGACACCGAUGAGAAAGAAGACUUAUCAAGUCUAAUCUUCAAAGGAUUUAAUAACUAAACCAUUUAACCUCAACCUAAAAAUGAAGGCAUUUAGCAUUGCAGUUGCAGUGACACUCGUGCUCGCCUUUAUUUGCAUUCUGGAGAGCUCUGCCAGCCCAUUUACCGGGGUGCAGGAGCUCGAGGAGGCAGGGGCCAAUGACACUCCAGUUGCGGUAUAUCAAGAAAUGUCAAUGGAAUCGAGGAUGAUGCCAAAUCACAUCAGGCAGAAGCGGCAGAGCCACCUCUCCCUGUGUCGCUGGUGCUGCAACUGCUGCAAGGGCAACAAGGGCUGCGGCUUCUGCUGCAGGUUCUGAAGAUUCCCGCAACGACCACAAAAUAUUAAUAUAUGAAGCUUUUUUUUGGUCUUAUCCUAAGAAAUAACCUUUUUUUGACCUCUUUCUCCAAUGCUACACUGUUUUGUAUCAUUUUUUAAAGAGGUAGGCUAUGAUUCGUGUAAAAGCACUGGAAAAAAUUAUUCUAUGUAUUUAUUUUGGAUGUUUUAAUACUUAAGUCUUUUGUAAUGUAAAUUUGUUUCUUAAAGAAUCCAGACUGUGACUGUCUCUUUGCCUGCUCUAAGUCUAACAAGUUAAUAUUUGGUGUUGAAUAAAUAAUGAACAUUUGAAGCAACUUCAAAAA